GUAUACGUUCGCAAUGAACUGCAUGCAUCGUUCACGGUUUUUGAUAAAGUCUUUGUUAAGCAGAGCAAGAACCAUUGCACGUCUUGGAUCCAGUACUCUCUCUCAGCCGCAACCACCGUCUCUCUCCUCCACCGUCAUGAGUAGACUUGAAACUCACAACACAAAGCUCUGCAUCGUCGGUAGUGGUCCGGCGGCUCACACGGCGGCUAUUUACGCAGCUAGAGCUGAACUUAAGCCUCUUCUCUUCGAAGGAUGGAUGGCUAACGACAUAGCUCCCGGUGGUCAACUAACAACCACCACCGACGUCGAGAACUUCCCUGGCUUUCCAGAAGGUAUUCUCGGAGCAGAGCUCACGGACAAAUUCCGGAAGCAGUCGGAGAGGUUCGGUACGACUAUUUUCACGGAGACAGUGACUAAAGUCGACUUAACGUCGAAGCCGUUUAAGCUGUUCACAGACUCUAGAGCCGUUCUCGCAGACGCUGUGAUUCUUGCUACGGGAGCUGUGGCUAAGCGGCUUAGCUUCCCUGGCUCUGGUGAAGGCUCGGGAGGUUUCUGGAACCGUGGAAUCUCGGCUUGUGCUGUCUGCGACGGAGCUGCUCCUAUAUUCCGUGAUAAACCUCUUGCGGUUAUCGGUGGAGGCGACUCGGCGAUGGAAGAGGCGAACUUCCUCACCAAGUAUGGAUCCAAGGUGUAUAUAAUCCAUAGGAGAGACGCUUUUAGAGCCUCUAAGAUUAUGCAGCAGAGAGCUCUGGCUAAUCCUAAGAUCAACGUGAUUUGGAACUCGACGGUUGUGGAGGCUUAUGGGGAAGGGGAGGGAGGGGUUCUUGGAGGAGUGAAGGUGAUGAAUGUGGUUACUGGAGAGGUUUUGGAUUUGAAGGUUUCUGGAUUGUUCUUUGCUAUUGGUCAUGAUCCAGCAACGAAGUUUCUUGAUGGUGCGGUUAAGCUUGAUUCAGAUGGGUAUGUGGUGACGAAGCCUGGUUCUACACAGACUAGUGUUGCCGGAGUUUUUGCCGCCGGGGAUGUCCAGGACAAGAAGUACAGGCAGGCGGUAACAGCUGCGGGAACUGGAUGCAUGGCAGCUUUGGAUGCGGAGCAUUACUUACAGGAGACUGGAUCUCAGCAAGGCAAGAGUGACUAAAAAAUACUCCCAUCAAGCCUUGGUCAUAGAGCUAACUAUUGAUCCCUCAUUCUGCUAGACAUGGACAAGAACGAGAUUUGAUCUUUAGCAUAAUAGUUCACAGACAUUGAUUUGCUUACUUCUUAAUACUGCAGUUUGAGUUGAGUACGGAUAUUCUUCAAAGCUGUAGCUCUAAUUAAUGGUAAACUAGCUACGAAUAAAUUCCUUAAGAUAUGAUUCGCAGAUGAUGACUUUACAUUCACAAAUUCAGUAAAUGAUUUGUCCAAACUAAUUAAAAUAUUAUUGUUCGUCUUAUAAUAAAUACAAAGAUGUGUUUCUAGAGAUGGUUAAUGUACACAUAGCUUAACUGUAACGCUUAACUAACUAUACCAGAAAACUCUGAUUGUUCACAAGUCUCUGAAAUGAAAUUAACUCCACUCGGUGACGUUAAAAUAAAGUCUCUGAAACCUCUUGUUUAGGAUGCAAGCUUCCGACAACAUGCCAAACGUGAUAUUAUAAUCUCUCAGUAAAAGCAGUCCUACUGCGUCGAGGUUAGAGUGUCUAAUUUGUUCAGCUUAAAAGAUCUAAAUUUAAUGUGCUUUCUUUAAUGAAGCUUGUGUGUAUUCUCCAAUACAUUACAAGAGAUUUGCCAUGACGAGGCUGGUAAAAAGUUAAGAUGGAAUAGUAAAUUAAAAGGGACAUGUAUAAUGUGAACACCGAAAAUAAGUAGGAAAAAGGCUAGGAAAAAUUAAGACAUUUGAGAGAUGAAGUAAAUCUUUGAACUAUACAUCACUUUAUUUACUAUGACAAAAGAUAGUUAGGAGGAAAGUACAUUAUAUAUAAUUUAUUUUCCAAUGUACUUUAUAAACCUCGGACCAUCCCCUUUAUCUGAACUUUAUUUUAUUCUUCUUAGUUUAUUAGUUGAUUGGAUGUAUAUAU